CGGAGACAGACUGAGAGGCCGCGGGGAUGGCGACGGGGUUCAAAACGGUGGAGCCCUUGGAAUAUUACAGAAAGUUUCUGAAAGAAAACUGCCGACCCGAUGGAAGGGAGUUGGGUGAAUUCCGAACGACUACUCUGAAUAUAGGUUCAAUUACGACUGCAGAUGGGUCUGCAUUGGUGAAGCUGGGCAACACGACUGUUGUCUGUGGCAUCAAAAUGGAAUUUGCGGUACCAACGGUGGACGCACCGAAUAAAGGCUACGUAGUGCCAAAUGUAGACCUACCACCGCUAUGUUCUUCAAGGUUUCGACCUGGUCCCCCCGGGGAACAAGCACAAGCUGCCAGUCAGUUCAUUGCAGAUGUCAUAGAAAAUUCCCAGUUCCUACAGAAGGAGGAUCUCUGCAUUGAGAAGGGGAAGCUUGUUUGGGUUGUAUAUUGCGACAUGAUGUGCUUAGAUUACGAUGGGAACUUAUUGGAUGCCUGUAUAAUUGCACUUUUGGCAGCACUAAAAAAUGUCCAGUUACCAUCAGUGUCAAUUAGUGUAGAAACGGGUUUGGCUGAAGUUGAUAUGAACCAGAAGAAUCAGUUGAACAUCAGGAAGCAUCCAGUCGCAACGUCUUUCGCUAUAUUUGAUGACACAAUAUUCAUCGUAGAUCCUACAGCUGAGGAGGAAACUUUAGCAUCUGGGAUGGCUACGAUUGUAGUUGAUGAAGAGGACAGGCUUUGUGCUGUGCAUAAACCAGGAGGAAGUGGUGCCUCGGGUGAAAAACUCCAAGACUGCAUUGUUCGUGCUCAAACGAGACACAGAGAAGUCUAUAAGCUGCUCUCUGAAGUGAUGAAGAGUGUGACUCCCUCGACAGACGGAAAACAAGAGGCGCCCAAAAAAGCUUCAUUGUACAAAUAAUUCAGUUUACAUGAUUUUUUAAAAAAAAUCCAAUAAAUACUUUUU